AUGUCUGACGAUUAUUCUAAAGGCGCUAAAGAAGUUGUUAAUUCAACUGAUCCUGAACAAGGUGAUUCUUAUUCAAUAACUCAUAAUGAACCACAUGUUUCUCAAUCAAGAUGGACUCGUUUUAAAGAUUCUUUUAAACCAAUGGAAGAUGAUGAAAUUGAUGGUUCUGAUAUGACUGAUUUAGAAAAAGCAAUUGCAAGAACUGCAAAAUCUCCAUUACAUAAAUCUCUUAAAAAUCGUCAUUUACAAAUGAUUGCAAUUGGUGGUGCUAUUGGUACUGGGUUAUUUAUUGGUUCUGGUGGUGCUUUAGCAACUGGUGGUCCAGCUGCUUUAUUAAUUGGUUGGAUCUUGGUUGGUAUUAUGAUUUAUUGUACCGUGCAAGCUUUAGGUGAAUUGGCUGUUACUUUCCCAAUUUCUGGUGCUUUUAAUGUUUAUUCAACAAGAUUUAUUGAUCCUUCUUGGGGUUUUGCAAUGGGUUGGAAUUAUGCUUUACAAUGGCUUGUUGUUUUACCUUUAGAAUUGGUUGCUGCUUCUAUAACUAUUAGAUAUUGGAAUUCAAAUAUAAAUUCAGUUGCUUGGGUUGCAAUUUUUUAUGUUUUAAUUGUUUCAAUUAAUUUUUUUGGUGUUAAAGGUUAUGGUGAAGCUGAAUUUAUAUUUUCUGCAGUUAAAGUUGUGGCAGUUGUUGGGUUUAUAAUUUUGGGUAUUAUCUUAAAUUGUGGUGGUGGUCCAAAAGGUGGUUAUAUUGGUGGUAAAUAUUGGAAAGAUCCUGGUGCUUUUGCUGCUGGGUUUAAAGGUGUUUGUACUGUUUUCGUUACUGCUGCUUUUUCAUUUGCUGGUACUGAAUUAGUUGCAUUAGCUUCAGCUGAAUCUGCAAAUCCAAGAAAAUCAUUACCAAGAGCUACAAAGCAAGUUUUUUGGAGAAUUUUAUUAUUUUAUGUCAUUUCUUUAACUUUAAUUGGUUUAUUAGUUCCUUAUACUGAUGAAAGAUUAGGUCAAGGUUCUUAUAAUGCUUCUGCUUCACCUUUUGUUAUUUCAAUUAGAAAUGCUGGUAUUUCAGGUUUACCUUCAGUUAUUAACGUUGUUAUUAUGAUUGCAGUUUUAUCUGUUGGUAAUUCAGCUGUCUUUGCAUGUUCUCGUACCGUUACUUCAUUAGCUGCUCAAGGUUUUGCACCAUCUUUUUUCACUUAUGUUGAUAGAAAAGGUCGUCCAAUUUAUGCAACUUUAUUAAGUUUAACUGUUGGUUUAUUAUGUUUUGUUUCUGCUUCUCCAAAACAAGGUGAUGUUUUUGAUUGGUUAUUAGCUUUAUCUGGUUUAUCUUCAGUUUUCACUUGGGGUUCUGCUUGUAUUGCUCAUAUUAGAUUUAGACGUGCAAUGAAGGUUCAAGGUCGUGAUCCUCAUACUGAAUUGGCUUAUACUUCACAAGCUGGUGUUAUUGGUUCUUAUUUUGGUGCAGGUUUAAAUAUUUUAAUUCUUAUUGCACAAUUUUGGGUUGCUGCUUUCCCAUUAGGUGAUAAAUCAACAGCUGAUGGAUUUUUUAAAGCUUAUUUAGCCUUCCCUGUUGUUAUUGCAUUUUAUAUUUUCCAUAAAAUUUGGAAAAAAAAUUGGAGUUUAUUUGUUAGAGCUAAAGAUAUGGAUAUAGAUUCUGGUAGAGCUGAACAUGAUUUAGAUUUAUUAAAACAAGAAAUUGCUGAAGAAAAAGCUUUUGUUGCUUCAAAACCAUUGUAUUAUAGAUGGUACCGUUUCUGGUGUUAA